CGCGCUGGCAAAGGUAAGAGUGCCCACAACACAGAAAAGGACCCGAUUCUUCUCUGGUUCGCCGAAUCAUGACUCAGACAGUGCAGACUAACGGGGUUCAACCCCUCAGCAAGACCUGGGAGCUCAGCCUCUACGAGUUACAGAGAACUCCACAGGAGGCUAUAACAGACGGGUUGGAGAUCGCAGUGUCCCCUCGUAGCCUACACAGUGAGCUGAUGUGUCCUAUCUGCCUGGACAUGCUGAAGAACACCAUGACCACCAAGGAGUGCCUGCACCGCUUCUGCGCAGACUGCAUCAUCACAGCGCUCAGAUCCGGGAAUAAAGAGUGUCCGACAUGCAGGAAGAAGCUGGUGUCGAAGCGCUCACUCCGUCCCGAUCCGAACUUUGACGCUCUGAUCAGUAAAAUUUACCCGAGCAGAGACGAGUAUGAGGCGCACCAGGAGCGAGUGCUGGCUCGCAUCAGCAAACACAACAACCAACAGGCUCUGAGCCACAGCAUCGAGGAGGGCCUUAAGAUCCAGGCCCUGAACAGACUGCAGAGAGGGAAGAAGCACCAAAUUGAGAACGGAAGCGGGGCAGAAGACAACGGCGACAGCUCGCACUGCAGUAAUGCCUCUGUCCACAGUAACCAGGAGGCAGGCCCCAGCAUCAAACGCACCAAGACUUCAGACGACUCGGGCCUUGACAUGGACAACACCACAGAGAACGGAGGAGGGGACACAGCUUUGGAUGGAGCCAGCGAGAUCGAGCUCGUCUUCAGGCCUCAUCCUACUCUCAUGGAGAAAGAAGACGCUGCCCAAACCAGGUACAUUAAGACUUCGGGCAACGCAACAGUCGAUCACCUUUCAAAAUACCUGGCUGUGAGACUCGCCCUGGAAGAGCUACGCAAGAACGGAGAGGCCAGUCCAAUCAAUGUGGAGGCUGCCAGCGAGAAACAGUACACCAUCUAUAUUCCCACAGCCAACAACCAGUUCACAGUCCUCAAUGGCUCUUUCUCCCUGGAGCUGGUGAGUGAGAAAUACUGGAAGGUCAACAAACCCAUGGAGCUGUACUUCGCCCCGACGAAGGAGCACAAAUGAAUCCAGCAGGCUGUGAAGCUCUAGAAUGGACUGAUUGAUGUUCUUUUGCUCUCUCUCUCUCUCUCUCUCUCUCUCUCUCUCUCUCUCUCUCUCUCCUCCUUUCUCUCUCUACCUUUCUCUAGUCAUGGAGCACUUGCUCCUUAACAACUGUGGCUGCUUUUUUAAUUGUCUUUUUGUAGGAAAACAGGCCCAGGGGAUUAUAGAUACUGGGGGAGGGAAGACUUUGGGAGUCAUACUGGUAUUUGAUACUCUUUUUUUUUUUUUUUUUUUUUCUUUUUUUUUUUCUUCCCCCUUUUAUGUUGACACGGUUGGUUUAGUGUCCCAUCCUGAGCAGCAGUCUGUUAUGGACAGGAGUCUGAUGCGGCCUUCACUAAGGUUCAUAAUUAAUAAUACAAUCACAAACACCAUGUGACCGUGUAAUGUAUAGUGAUUGUUUGGCUUUGGGGAAUAAUUAACCAUCCGUGGCAUUCCCUGUCAAUGGCAGCCAAUGGCAAUAUCCCCUCACCUUAGUGUACACCAGUGAGAUCUCCCAAGCUAUAAGAGAUCAUAAGUGCAUUUUUAUCGACUAGUCGCUCCUCUCAUAUAAGCAUUUACAAAAGCUGACUUGCCUUUCUUGCCACUGUGUUAAGGUUAAUAUGAAGACUCAAGUCUGGCCUGCACUGUCCAUGCCACAUCACACAUCGACAUUAUAAUACUACUGUAUAUGUUCUGUCGGCUGUAUUGACCUUGUACAUAUGACAUCACUUCAGAUUAAGGCAUCUCGGAAACCUGUCACAGUAAGCAGACAUCGACUCGCAAUGCAUCAGUAGCCGUCAGACGUACACGGAAACAGAGUUUUGAUAUUAGCCGUAUUUCAUCAAAAGAAACAUCGUUCAUGACAAACCUUUUAGAGCAUGAAGUAUUUUUAGUUGGACACCAUUUGCAUAAGUAUGAGUUCAUGUUGAUGUUUUUGGGGAAAAGCUGUAUACCACAUUUGUUUGGAAAAUAAAAGACCGUAUGCAAGUGCUGCAGUGAGA